UUGGGAGCAGGUGGAACAGGUCCUCCUUUCCAGCUUCGCGUUCUCACGCACUCUCACCCUGCCUGGUCUCCAGCUCGCAGACAUGGGCCCUGGUCCCCGCCGUGCACCCCGCGCCCCAUGCCCAGUGCUCUGCGCGCUCGCUUUGAUGGUGGCUGCCGGCGGCCGCAUUGCCUCCGCCUUCAACCUGGACACCCAAUUCCUGGUGGUGAAGGAGGCCCAGAACCCAGGCAGUCUCUUUGGAUACUCUGUCGCCCUCCAUCGGCAGACGGAGCGGCAGCAUCGCUACCUGCUCCUGGCUGGUGCCCCUCAGGACCUUGCUAUGUCUGAUGGAUAUACCAACCGGACCGGUGCUGUGUAUCUGUGCCCUCUCACGGGCCACAAGAAUGACUGUGAGCGGAUGAACAUCGAGGAAAAAAGUGACCCUGCCAGUCACAUCAUUGAAGACAUGUGGCUUGGGGUGACUGUGGCCAGCCAGGGCCCUGCAGGCAGAGUGCUGGUCUGCGCCCACCGCUACACCCAGGUGCUGUGGUCGGGGUCAGAAGACCAACGGCGCAUGGUGGGCAAGUGCUACGUGCGGAGCAAUGACCUCCAACUAGACUCCAGUGAUGACUGGCAGACCUACCACAACGAAAUGUGCAAUAGCAACACUGACUACCUGGAGACGGGCAUGUGCCAGCUGGGCACCAGCGGCGGCUUCACCCAGAACACCGUGUACUUCGGGGCCCCCGGUGCCUACAACUGGAAAGGAAACAGCUACAUGAUUCAGAGGAAGGACUGGGACUUAUCAGAAUACAGUUACAAGGACACAGAAGACAAAGGAAACCUGUACAUUGGGUACACCGUGCAGGUGGGCAGUGCUAUCCUGCACCCGACAGACAACACCAUUGUGACGGGAGCUCCACGGCACGAACAUGUAGGCGCUGUCUUCUUGCUGAGCCAGGAGACAGGCGGAGACCUGCGGAAGAGACAGGUGCUGGAGGGCACGCAGGUGGGCGCCUACUUUGGCAGCGCCAUUGCCCUGGCAGACCUGAACAAUGAUGGGUGGCAAGACCUCCUCGUGGGUGCCCCCCACUACUUUGAGCGUAAAGAAGAGGUAGGGGGUGCCAUCUAUGUCUUCAUGAACCAGGCGGGCACUUCCUUCCCUGCUCAGCCCUCUCUCCUUCUUCAUGGUCCCAGUCACUCCACCUUUGGCCAUUCCGUGGCCAGCAUCGGUGACAUCAACCAGGAUGGGUUCCAGGACAUUGCUGUGGGAGCCCCAUUCGAGGGUUUGGGCAAAGUAUACAUCUACCAUAGCAGUUCCAAUGGGCUCCUGAGACAGCCCCAGCAGGUAAUUGAUGGAGAGAAGUUGGGGCUUCCUGGUUUGUCCACCUUUGGCUAUUCCCUAAGUGGGCGGAUGGAUGUGGAUGAGAACUUCUACCCAGACCUGCUGGUGGGCAGCCUGUCGGACCAAAUCGUGCUGCUGAGAGCCCGGCCCGUCAUCAAUAUCCUCCACAAGACCUUGGUGGCCAGACCACCUGUGCUGGACCCUGCCCUCUGCACAGGCACCUGUAGUGUGCAGGUGGAGCUGUGUUUUGCUUACAAAGAGAGUGCUGGGAACCCUAACUACAGAGGAAACAUCACCCUGUCUUACACUCUGGAGGCUGACCGGGACCGUCGCCCUGCCCGGCUACGCUUUGCUCGAAGUCAGUCAGCCAUCUUCAACGGCUUCUUCUUUAUGCCUGAGAUGCGUUGCCAGACGCUAGAUCUACUCCUGAUGGACAACGUCCGAGACAAGCUCCGCCCCAUCAUCAUCUCCAUGAACUACUCUUUACACUUGCGGAUGCCCGAGCGCCCCCGGCUGGGGCUGCGGUCCCUGGAUGCCUUCCCUGUCCUUAACAAAGCGCAGGUUCUGGAGAACCACACCGAGAUCCAGUUCCAGAAGGAGUGCGGGCCAGAUAACAAAUGUGACAGCAACUUGGAGAUGCAGGCCGCCUUUGUGACUGAGCAGAUGCAGCAACUGAAAAGGCUCCAGUACGGCAGAGACCUCCGGAAACUCUUGUUGAGCAUCAACGUGACCAACGAACUCAGUCGUCUUCGGGCAGGGGAAGAUGCCCAUGAGGCGUUACUCACGGUGGAGGUUCCUCCUGCUCUGCUGCUGUCCUCAGUGCGACCGUCCGGGGCCUGUCACGCCAACGACACCAUCCUCUGUGAGCUAGGGAACCCCUUCAAAAGGAACGAGAAGAAGGAACUGCUUAUCGCCUUCGAGGUCAUCGGGGUGACCCUGCACACAAGGGAACUCCAAGCUCAGCUGCAGCUCUCCACGUCCAGUCACCAGGACAACCUGCAGGCAGUCAUCCUGCCUCUUCUGGUGGACUACACACUCCAGGCCUCACUCAGCAUUGUGAGUAACCGGCUACACAGCUUCUUUGGGGGGACAGUGAUGGGCGAGGCUGGCAUGAAAACUGUGGAGGACGUGGGAAGCCCCCUCAAGUAUGAGUUCCAGGUGGGCCCAAUGGGGGAGGGGCUGACAUCCCUGGGGUCCUUGGUCCUGGGACUGGAGUGGCCCUAUGAAGUCGCCAAUGGCAAGUGGCUACUAUACCCCACGGAAAUCACCAUCCACGUCCACGGCAACAGGUCCUGGCCCUGCCAGCCACCAGGAGGCCUCAUCAACCCUCUCAACCUUACUUUAUCUCUCCCAGGGGACGAGCCACCAUCAUCACAGCGUAGCCGACAGCGACGGCACCUGGACCCUGGGAGAGGCCAGGAUCUCCAGCCUGUCACUCUGGCUGCUGCCAAAAAAGCCAAGUCAGAGACCCAACUGGACUGUGCCAAUAGCCAAGCUCGCUGUGUAUGGCUGGAGUGCCCCAUUCCUGAUGCCCCAGUCAUCACCAACGUGACGGUGCAGGCUCGGGUGUGGAACAGUACAUUCAUCGAGGAUUACAGAGACUUUGACCGAGUCAGGGUAGUUGGCUGGGCUACCCUAUUCCUCCGAACCAGCGUCCAAACCAUCAACAUGGAGAACAAGACCAUAAGGUUCUCUGUGGACAUUGACUCUAACUUGGUGGAUGAGCUGCCAGCUGAGAUCGAGCUCUGGCUGGUGCUCGUGGCCGUGGGUGCGGGGCUGCUGCUGCUGGGGCUGAUUAUCCUCUUGCUAUGGAAGUGUGACUUCUUUAAGCGGACCCGCUAUUACCAGAUCAUGCCCAAAUACCAUGCGGUGCGGAUCCGCGAGGAGGAGCGCUAUCCACCUCCAGAGAGCACUGUGCCCACCAAGAAGCAUUGGGUGACCAGCUGGCAGACUUGGGACCGAUACUACUGA